CUAAUCGGACAGGAAGUCCCAUGGUUAGAUGCAAUGUGUGUGUUGUGCGUGGAUAGAUAACGACAUACGGACACAAAGAGUAGCGAUCAUCUGAGGUGCACCCCAGAAGCUUAGACACCGGUUUCUGGCAGCAUUAUCACAUUGCAUCGCAUUAAACGGAAGAGCACGAAUCCUCCACGCAGAUCCACUGAUGACAUUUAAGCAGAUGAAGUUCCCAUUGUCAUGCAUUAUACGACUGACAGACCGCAACGGUUGGAGUUAAAAAUCAUCUACUAAAGAAACAAAGUCACCUACAUCUUGGAUGCCCUGGGGGUCGGUGGUACUAAGUGAAGGGCCGUGUAAAAGAGGGUUGUAGAGAAGAACCCACUGUGCGGUGUGUGUGGGUGUGUGUGAGUGAGUGAGUGUGUGUGUGGAAGGGGGCUCUCAGUCAUGGGUGUGGUGGCGUGGCUGAAGAGCCUGUUCGUACUGCAGCUCUUGAUUGGUUUUGUGUUUGUGGUGAGCGGCCUCAUUAUCAACUUCAUCCAGCUCUGCACCUGUGUGCUGUGGCCCAUCGACAAACAGCUGUACCGCAAGAUCAACACCAGACUCUCCUACUCGCUAUGGAGCCAGUUGGUGAUGUUGUUGGAGUGGUGGUCUGGCACAGAGUGCACGCUGUACACCGAUCAGGCCACAGUGGAUAAGUUCGGCAAAGAGCAUGUCAUCAUCAUCCUCAACCACAACUAUGAGAUCGACUUCUUGUGUGGCUGGACCAUGUGUGAGAGAUACGGCGUACUGGGGAGUUCUAAGGUUCUGGCUAAACACGAACUGCUGAAAGUGCCUCUGAUUGGCUGGACGUGGUACUUCCUGGAAAUAGUUUUCUGUAAGCGGAAGUGGGAAGAGGACAGGGAAACCGUCUUUAGUGGGCUGAACCGUCUCCGAGAUUACCCAGAAUACAUGUGGUUCCUGCUGUACUGUGAAGGAACGAGAUUUACAGAAAAGAAACAUCAGAUAAGCAUGCAAGUUGCUGAGAGUAAGGGCCUUCCAAAACUGAAGUACCACCUGCUGCCCCGCACCAAAGGAUUCACCACUACACUGCAAUGCCUGAAGGGAACAGUAAAAGCUGUGUACGAUGUCACGCUGAACUUUAAAGACAAGCAGAACCCGACCCUGCUGGGCAUCGUUAGCGGGAAGAAAUACAAAGCAGACAUGAGCAUCAGGCGCUUCCCUGUGGAGGAGAUUCCUGAUGAUGAAAAGGAGUGUGCUAAUUGGUUACACAAGCUCUACCAAGAGAAGGAUGCAUUACAAGAGCACUAUGAGAAGGAGGGUAGUUUCCCCGGCCCCACCAUCAUACCCAAACGUCGAGUUUGGACUCUGCUGAACUUCCUGUUCUGGGCUACUCUCCUGCUUUCUCCUCUUAUUAACUUUGCCUGGGAUGUCUUUGUUAGCGGCUCUCCCCUCCUCAUCAUUGGCUUCAUGAUCUUCCUCAUUGUCGCUUCUGUAGCAGUUCGCCGGCUCAUUGGAGUAACCGAAGUAAACAAGACAGGAUCCAGCUACGGCAACGUAGAGGCCAAGAAGGAGAACUAAACAUUUUCACCGUGUCAACACCGUGUGGCCACUGUAACGCUCACCCUACGGUCCAGCCUCAGGCACAGAGCUGCCCUGUGUGCAGUUAUCCUUCUUUUUACAAAAAAAUAUAAUUAAAAAAAAAAAAAAUGAAUGAAAUAUUCAAAAUCUCUUCAUUGCAGCAUUAGGAGGUAUAUAGGGAUAUAACUAUAAAUAUAACUUAAUACGCUAGUCUAAAAACAUUGAUAAUUUUUAUGAACCAACUAAAUGGGAAAUAGAGGAGAAGAAACACUCAUCAGCUGCGAAUCGAUGCCGUAUCCCCCGGCGGAGAAAGAUGAGAUGCCCAAGAGAGAGCAACUGCUGAUUCUAAUCACCCUAUCAGUGACUUUUCCCUCCUGUUUAGCCCCGCCCUUUAUGGGCAUAAGACCGCCCAUUUUCCCAAACAAGCCCACUUGCUGUCUUAGUUCUCAAUUAAUAUUUAUCAUCUCCAGAAGUGCUCUGUAACACUUCCUUCUCUGCAUCUACACUAUCAGUACCUCCAUAUCAGUAGCCGUUUCUUCACAACGUUUCUCUUUGGAUCUUCACCCGAAGCCACACUGAGUCACUCGGACUGAUUUUCUAUGCUAAGAAUUUCACGUCACGGGCCGGCAGAGCAUGCUGCAGUUAAGGAAGCCACACAGCCCAGCCAAACAGAGAUGAGAUCAUGUCACGUCACACUCCCUGACUAACAAAUGAACUGCUGUAGAUCUUUGUUGGUUCUAUUGCAGCUGGAGUGACAUUGGUGGAAACUGUUAUAUGACCAACUUGACAUUAAUAGAAAUGGAUUGCGCAGGGUUUCUAAGAAAAAGCAUGUCUUCUGUAACUUCCCCUUUUUGAGACCUUUUCACAAUGGUGUCUUAUCCCACUCCAUCACCAUUGCAUCACUGGGUAUACUGAAUAAGCAAUACAUGUUUUCUACCAAUGUACUCCUAUUCACCUAGAGCAGGGGUGUCCAGACUCUGUCCUGCAGAGUUUUGCUCCAACUUGCCUCAACUCACCUGCCUAGAUGUUUUAGUGUGCCUAGUAAGAGCUUGAUUAGCAGGUGUGUUUAAUUGGGGUUGGAGCUGAAUUCUGCAAGACAGUGGCCCUCCAGGAGCACGAUUGGACAUCCUUAAUCUAGAGCAUCUCUUUAGUUAGUCUGCAAUUUUGUCCAAACAAUUAAAGGCCCAUGGACUGAGAUUCAAUUGCCCACCAUCUCUAGCCAUGUGUAAUCAAUAAAAUAUAGGGGUUAAAGAGUGAGAUACUGAGAGUAGCUGAAUGACCAAGAAGAAAACGAUCAGUUGUGUCAAUAAACUAAGAUUGUGAAACCUGUUUAGUGUGAACUAAUGACACUAAUGGUUUGUAAAUAAACUUUAGAAGUUUCUUCUUGAACCAAA